AUGGAUUCUUGCUCCUCUGAUGAAGAAAAUUCUAAAAUCGAAUCUUGGGUCUCUAUACGAUUCUUGAAAGAAGCAGCCAAUAUUCAGUCAGUCUAUCGUCAGCGUAGCCGAAGCUCUUCAAUAGAUUCAACUUCUCCAAUCCCAUCUGAAGAGCCUAGUAUCACCGUUGAAUGAAAGCCGAACGGAUUUGUUAAUCAAAGUAUCUGCUUCAACGCAGUAAAUCGAAAUAAAACUAUAGACACCCCAAAGCCAACUGAAGCUUCACCUGAUUUUGAAGAAUUACAAUGCUUACUUCAGCAUAAAGAUGCAAAAAUACAAAAAAUUCGACAAAAAUCCCAAUGUUUAUUACACUUUUUCACUAUAUUUGACAAAUUUUAAACCUAAAUAAAUUUAUUUUAAAUUUACCUUAAAAAAUAUAGAAAAAUCAAAUAAAGAUUUAAUUGAAGCAAAACUACACUAUAAACAAGCCAACCAAGAAAUCGCCACUUUAAAGAAGAUGAAUGAACUUAUCAAAGAGCAAAACUCCAAACAAUUAGAAGAUUUGCAAGUCAGGCAUGAAAGAAAACUCCAAAAAGUCAAGCAAGAUGUAGAUAACUAUUUAAGUGAAUUAUAUGAAAAAGCUGCUGUGUAUGUAACUGAAAAAUUAAAAAUUUCUCACAAAAGAGAAAUAAUGGGGUUAAAAGAACAAUAUGAGGAAAAAAUUAACAGGAUGAGGAUGGAGUAUGAAGCAGAAAUAGACCAAAAGGACUAUGAGUGUAGACAGCUUCUGGAACAGCUAGAAGAGCAGACUGAAGAGUUUACUGAAGAAAAUUCUGAAAAAUACAUAAAUUUAAUUAAAAAUCAUGUGCAAAAUGAAAGGGAGAAAAAAAAGAAGGGAAAGGAUGGAAAAGUAGAUGCAAUGAUGAGACAAGUGGAAGAACAGAAAUUAAUUAUUGAGUCUCAGCAAAGGAUUAUUGAUGAUUUGAGCAGAGAAUUGCAGGACUCCUUUAGGAGAAGAUCAAGAAUUAGUGGGAUGUCGAAUAAGACUUGUCAUGUAAAAUCACAAAAGAGUUUUCAAGGGUUGCUUGAUCAGCUUAGCUGCUUUUUGGAUACUGCAGACCCAAAUACUUCGAGAGAGCUUGAAGAUACUCUAAUUCUCCUUAUUUAAAUAUAUAAAUUUUUUUAUGAAUGGGUAUAAAUAAAUCAUUUGAAAUCUUUAUAUGGUUUUUUAGAUAUAUCUCAUUAGGAUCGAUAGAAACAGUCCUACAGAGUGUUCUUAUGCUAGUUUGCAUAAUAAGUAGAAUAAAGGCUGGUCAUUAGGAAAAUUUUUAUUUAAAUUAGAAUAUUUAUUAUAUAAUUUUAAUUUUUAGUAAUUUUGUAUUUAUAUAUAAAAGGAUUAUAGAGAAAAAACCUAUAGAUGAAUAAUUGCUAAAUGAGGAUUAAGAGGUUUUCAAAGCCGUCAUGGAAGUUCAGAAAAAUUAAGUUUUUAA